AUGGCUCGCUUCAACCUUUCUUUCCUGGCCUUUUUCUUCGUGUUUGCCGUUCUUGUUCUUUCGUCGCCUAUCAAGCGCGAUGACGCGACCUCUGACCAGAAACUGAGCCUCGAGACUGCUCUCGACGACGUCAAGGCUGCCACGAAGAUGAUGCAAGGCUUUGAUAAUAGCGACUCCAAUGACCAGAAGAACCAGAUCAACAAUGCCGACGACGACACCAAGACCGACGGCGAGAAGCCUGAGACGGAGAAGAAGGUCAACGAGGCUACUCCUACCCACACGAAGAAGACCUCUGGAAACUUCGCCACUCCAACACCCACCAACACCCACAAGCCUACCUCGCAGCCUAAUGCGCUUGGCAAUCUUCCCAUUCUUGGUGGACUCCUAGGUGGUACCGGUGGCCUGUAA